GCAAUGGUAACUAAUGGCGUAAAUCAUAAAAGGGCGAUAAUUAUGUACAAUCAUUGAAGCGAGGGAAAAAAAGCACGUGUACGAAUACAAGCAAGAAGGGACAUGGAUGAUAAGGGAAAUAUUGCUUUGUUCAGUGUGUCUGACAAGUCUGGUUUGGUUGAAUUUGCGAGUGAGUUAUCUGCUCUUGGAUUCAAACUUGUGGCAUCUGGUGGCACAGCAAAAGCAAUAAGAGAUGCUGGACUAGAAGUGAGUGAUGUUGCUGAUUUGACAGGUGCUCCAGAAAUGUUAGGAGGGAGAGUUAAGACACUUCAUCCUGCUGUACAUGGAGGGAUUCUUGCAAGGCCAACAGACUCUGACAAGAAAGAUCUGGCUGACCAGGGCUUUCAAAUGAUCAGGAUUGUUGUGAACAAUUUAUAUCCUUUCGCAAAGACGAUUGCCAAGCCGGAUGUGUUUGUACCUGAAGCUAUAGAACAGAUAGAUAUUGGUGGUGUUACACUUCUACGGGCUGCAGCAAAGAACCAUGCAAGAGUCACUGUUGUCUGUGAUCCUUCAGACUAUAAAAGAGUGUUAGAAGAAAUUCAGACAUCGGAAGAUAAGGACACAAAGCUGGAAACCAGACAGAAACUUGCUGUAAAGGCUUUCAACCACACUGCUGAAUAUGAUGGGAUGAUUUCUGAUUACUUCCGACGUCAGUUUAGCAAAGGAGUUUCCCAGCUGCCAUUGCGGUAUGGCAUGAAUCCACACCAGAAACCUGCUCAGCUUUCUACUGUCUUGCCGGAAUUACCACUGAAAGUUGUGAAUGGUUCUCCAGGAUUUAUCAACCUUUGUGAUGCACUGAAUGGAUGGCAGUUAGUGAAAGAACUGAAGUCGGCAUGUGGUACAGCUGCAGCGACCUCGUUUAAACAUGUCAGCCCAGCAGGUGCUGCUAUUGGUGGACAGGGUAUGUCAGAGGAGGAUAGUAAAGUGUGUAUGGUAGAUGACAUGGAGGAUUUGUCUCCCCUUGCUGAAGCAUAUGCUAGAGCUCGAGGUGCAGAUAGAAUGUCAUCAUUUGGAGAUUUUAUCGCACUGUCAGAUGAAUGUGAUGUUUCUACUGCAAAGAUAAUCUCCAGAGAGGUAUCAGAUGGAGUUAUUGCCCCUGGAUAUACACCUGAAGCUUUGGAAAUUCUCAAGAAGAAAAAGAAUGGAAACUAUUGCGUUCUUGAGAUUGACCCAGAGUAUGAACCACCAGAGACAGAGACCAGAACUCUGUUUGGACUUCAGAUGACCCAGAAGAGGAAUGAUGCCAACAUCAAUAAACUUCUCUUUAAAAAUGUUGUGUCUUCAAACACUGAGGUUUCAGAAAAGAAUGUAAGAGAUCUCAUUGUUGCCAGUAUAACGUUGAAGUACACACAGUCAAACUCGGUUUGCUAUGCUAAAAAUGGACAGGUUAUAGGAAUAGGGGCUGGGCAACAGUCUAGGAUCCACUGUACAAGAUUGGCUGGGGACAAAGCUAAUAACUGGUGGUUGAGACAACAUCCCAAGGUGAUGAAUAUGAAGUUCAAGAAGGGAACAAAGCGGGCAGAGAUGGCAAAUGCUAUAGACCAGUUUGUUCUUGGAGCUGUUGGUGUGGAUUCAGACCAAGCCAGUUGGGAGAAUGUCUUUGAGGAAGUACCAGAAAUGCUGUCUGAGGCAGAAAGAAAAGAAUGGAUAUCACAGUUGAAGGGUGUUGCACUUAGUUCCGAUGCUUUCUUCCCAUUCCGUGACAAUAUUGACAGAGCAGUACAGAGUGGUGUUGAGUAUAUUGCAGCUCCUGGUGGAUCGACCAAUGACGAGGGAGUGAUCAAAGCUUGUGAUGAUCAUGGUAUAGCAAUGAUUCAUACCAACCUUAGACUGUUCCAUCACUGAACAUGUAUGUCUUCUCAUAUAAAGGACACUGUGAAGAAUUAUUUCUAUCAAAGGAUAAUGUCAUUGUAUUUUGUGAAAAGCACAAUAACUUCCAUCAAACUGUGACAUUUAUGCAUGUUUUCAAGUUUGUUUAAUUUGCUUAUUAGUUAAAACUUGAGAAUUUUUAUAGGCUCAGCACUUUAAAAAUGAUUUUGAUAAAGUAACUGCUGUACAACAUUGAGGGUUUAAACUAAAGGGGUGAAUAUUGAUGUAUUUUGGCAGAAGGGGUGAAAAUAAUUUCCACUUUUGUCUAAUGUCUAAGAUUUUACCAAUAAAAAAUAAUCAAUUUUUUUCAGGCAAAUAAAUAAGGUGCAAGAAAUCCUGAAUGUAGCAGAACGUCUUUCAUUGUAUUUAGGUUAUCAUUUAUGAAGUGCCAUAUUUUUAAUCAUGUGUAGUCAAUUCAUAAACAUUAGCAAAUUCCUACAGUAUGUCAAUAUUCCAUGUUAAAUCUUUGUUUCCAAUGUUCAUUCAUUACUUUUUUUGUAAAAAAGAUCAUGGAUCUUUUUAAAUUUUCAAGUUAUCGUAUAUGUUUAGUCAGAAAUUAGGGGUCAUGAGUCUAACUCGUGCCUAUAUUUUUACUUGAAGGAUUCUUUCAGAUAGUAGGUCUAAUGUAGACCUUAAAUGUGUGUGAUUUAUACCAUAUUGUGUUCAUUUAAGACUGCAUAUGUCAGUUUGAUAAUACUCAGUAGUUUGUAGUUCUGUGCUGUUGGGUAGUUCCCCACCAAGGGUUCAGGUUAUAAUACUCAGUAGUUUGUAGUUCUGUGCUGUUGGGUAGUUCCCCACCAAGGGUUCAGGUUAUAAUACUCAGUAGUUUGUAGUUCUGUGCUGUUGGGUAGUUCCCUACCUGGAGUUCAGGUUAUAAUACUUAGUAGUUUGUAGUUCUGUGUUGUUGGGUUUUAAACUUCGCUUUAGUUUUGCAUUCAGGUUGUUGGCUGAAGGUUGAUGGUCCUACCAGGAAGCCUGCCUGUGUCUGAAAAUAGCCAAGAAGGGCACUUUGGUACUUCUUCCACUGUAAAAGCUAAAAAGAUGGAAGAUCUACCCUUGUAAAUAUGUUACAUUAGAUAAAGUUUGUCUCUAAGAUAGAUUUCUAGUUUGCAGUAGAAUAUGUUACCAAAUUUUCAGGCACUGCUGUUUUAGUUGUUACACAAUGAUUUGUUUCUGUCAGAAAUUCAGAGUUAUUUUUGAUGUUGUUAGUUGUUUAUAGUUCAUAUUUGUUAGCUUUGUCAUAAUCGUGUUAGUAACUUUGCUGUUAAAUGUGUGUGAUAUUAAUAGUGCUAUUUUGCACUUUACUGAAAUAAAAAAUUCUCAGAAAAAUGUUGAAAGGGUGAAAAAAUAGUGUAUUAAUUCGUUUACUGUCUCUGAAUUUUGAAGGAAAAUAAAAUUCUCUUUGUAUUUAGUGAAUUAACGCAACUGAGAUUUUAUCUCUUGUGAACCCAAAAUGAAGUGGUUUUACAGAUCGAAAGUUUUCAAUUUUUAGCUUGACUAUAUGGACAGCUCUCUUAAUUAACCAGGUGUCCACAUUGGCAACUUGGUAAAUGUCGCUUUAUCUCUUUUAUACUUGAUUGAUUUUCUUGAAACUUAUAUAUAGUUGUUCCACACCAUCACCCGAAUCAAAUAACACAAGGGUCACAACUUGCACAUCAAUAUUUCAUGAUUUAUCUCCUGUUUUGCAUAGAAUUUCAGGUAACUUUCACUCUAUCACUGUUUUUAUUAAUCCCCCACCACAAGUUUGGUCUCCGUCCAUCCUUUUGUCCUUCCGAGCUCACAUUUGCAUACUUAGGUGGCUGUAGGAACAAUAGGUAACUGUACUUUUUCUUUGAAGUCAUUCAUUCCGUAAGGCUUUUAUGUGGCUAUUUUUCUCUUACGUGGCUAAAAGAACAAUAGAGAGAACAAAAGAGUAGCCACAUAAGUAUGAACGUCCGUCCGUCUGUCCAUAACACUUUUGUGUCCGCUCCAUAUCUCCUAAACCCCUUGAAGGAUUUUCAUGAAACUUGGGUCAAAUGAUCACCUCAUCAAGACAAUGUGCAGAACUUAUGAGUCAGCCAUGCCGGCUCAAGGUCAAAGGUUUGAGCCUUCCAUUUUGUGUCCGCUCUAUAUCUCCUUAACCUCUUGAAGGAAUUUUAUAAAACUUGGCUCAAUUGAUCACCUCAUCAAGACGAUGUGCAGAACCCAUGAGUCAGCCAUGCCGGUUCAAGGUCAAGGUCACAACUGAAGGUCAAAGGUUUGAGCCUUCCUUUUUGUGUCCACUCUAUAUCUCCUAAACCCCUUCAAGGAAUUUUAUAAAACUUUGGUCAAAUGAUCACCUUAUCAUAACGAUGUGCAGAACUUACAAGUCAGCUAUGCUGGCUCAAGGUCAAGGUCACAGUUCAGGGUCAAAAGUUUGAGCCUUCCAUUUUGUGUCCACUCUGUAUCUCCUAAACCGCUUGAAGGGUUUUCAUGAAGCUUGGGUCAAAUGAUCACCUCAUCAAGAGCUCAUGUGUCAGCCAUGUCAACUCAAGGUCAAAGGUUAGAGCUCUGUAUCUCCAAAACCCCUUGAAGGAUUUUCAUGAAACUUUGGUCAAUAAUCACCUCAUCAAGACGUUGUGCAGAAUUCAUGAGUCAGCCAUAUCAGUUCAAGGUCAAGGUCACAGCUAAAGGUCAAAGGUUUACCCUUUCACUAUCCAUAACAGUGGCGGGGGAUUUAGCUGUCUUUCAGACUGCCUUGUUUCAAUGUUGAAACAAUUGUUCCGCACCACCAAUAUCAUGUGACACAUGUCAUGGUCUGUAAAUCUGGCACCAGCAUUUAAUGAAUUAUGCCCCUUUUUACGUAGAAUUAAGGUUAAAGUUUUGAUGCACUUUCACUUUACAUCAGUUAUUGCUAGACUGAUUUGCUUCAGACUUGAAGUGCUCUGCAUGAUCACCUGUAUCAUAUGAUACAAGGUCAGUAAUUCUGGUGCCAAUGGAUUAUGCAUCCCAUUUACUUAAAUUGCAGUUUAAAGUUGUAAUGCACUCUUGCUCACAUCUUGCUUAUUACUAAAUUUAAUUAAUUCAGACUUGCAAUAAUUGUUCCACAUCAUCACCAACAUACAACAUAAGGUGCUUACUCCAGAAAUAUUACAUGAAUUAUGUCCCUUUAAUAUUUAGAAAUUCUAGUUAAUGUUUUGAUGCACUUUCUGUACUCUACCUGUUUCACUGUCAAGCAAUCAAAUAGUUUAACCCACUAUCUGUUCUGUCAGCUUCUCUUAUUUUGCAAUUUUUUUUCUUUACAGAGAAAAGAUCCUUUUCCAUACUUUCAGUAUAAGCAGUUAGCUCUUGCCAGCUUGAUAUAAUUGGUAGUAAAGAAGUAUUAUAGAAUUUUAUGCUGUUUUCUAGGAGUAAAUAAUGUUAUAUCAUAUUAACUUGCAGCAGGUAAAAGUAUGAUGGCAUGAAGAAGUUAUAUAAGUGUUAAAAUAUACAAAUAGAAAACUGUUACAUAGUUAACCAGAUGUAACACAUUUUUGCAUAAGAAAAUUAUGUGCCAUUAUUUAAAACAUAAUCCUUUAGAACUGGUGUUGCCAAAAAAAAUAUGUGAUUUAGAGAACUAUAAACUAAAAAAUUAUUUCAUCCUUGUGGGUAUGGAGGAGGUUGGGUGGCCUGAUGUUAAAUGCUAGUUUAACCUUUAGCCUGCUAAAUUUCUAAAAUGGACUGGUCCAUCAUUCAAUUUGGGCAAUACCAUUUAUUAUUUGAAGGGGUUUUCACUGAAAAUUUACUGACUGAAUAGCGAACAGUGCAGACCAUGAUCAGCCUGCACGGAUGUGCAGGCUGAUCUUGGUCUGCACUGGUCGCAAAGGCAGAAUCACUUGCCGGCAGCAGGCUAAGUUAAGAAGAUUACAAGUAAUAGUUACUGUAACUUUUCUUUUCCAUUGUUGUCUGACAAAGAUUUUGGGGUUGAUGACCUACUUCUGUUUUGUUAAAUAAUUAAUUGAUAAGUCUUUUAUGCUCCCCUGAUGAAAAUCAGGGUGGGAUUUAGAGGAAAUUGUUGCAAAACAUAUUAAGAAGGAUGUGAACCUGACACUAGUUUUGUUUAAGAAGAAAUGCUGUUAAACUGUUGUUAACCUUGAAAUUGCAAAAAAAAUAAGUCAAGAACGUUUACCAAAAAUAAAGCAGAGUAGGAGAAAAAGGUUAAUUAUAUUUACUGUAUCAUCUAACAGCGACAUAUUUUCUGUGAACUAUUUUUCUGUACUUAUAUUGGUGCUCUAACAGUGUGCUUGCAUAGUUUUCAUAGAUCUCUUGAUUGUUUAUGUGUUAUUAUGUCUCCCACCACACAGUGGUGUGGGAGACAUAUUGAUUUACUCCAGUCUGUCUGUCUGUCUGUCUGUGUGUGUGUGUGUGUGUGUGUGUGUGUCUGUCACAAAGCUUGUCCGCACUCUAAGUCGAACAUUUCUCAUCCGAUCUUCACCAAACUUGAACAAAAUGUGUUUGACCAUGAGACCUCGGCCAAGUUCGAUAACUAGCCAAAUCAGUCCAGGCAUUUUGGAGUUACGGCCCUUGAAUUAUCGAAAAAUCGGCCUUUUUACUCUUGUCCGCACUCUAAGUCGAGUAUUUCUCAUCCGAUCUUCACCAAACUUGAACAAAAUGUGUUUGACCAUGAAACCUCGGCCAAGUUCGAUAACUAGUUAAAUCGGUCCAGGCAUUUUAGAGUUAGGGCCCUUGAAUUACUGAAAAAAUCCGUCUGUUUACUCUCGUCCGCUCUCUAAGUCGAACAUUUCUCAUCCGAUCUUCACCAAACUUGAACAAAAUGUGUUUGGCCAUAAGACCUUACCCAAGUUCGAUAACUAGCCAAAUCCGCCAAGGCACUUUUCAUUUAUGGCCCUUGAAUUACUGAUUGGAUCCACUCAUCCAGACCAUCUAAUUGGAUCCACUCGUCUAAAACAUCUAGAGAAACUAACAUUUUUCAUCAUCUAAGGGUCAGUUGUGGGAGACAUGCGCUUUUCUCAAAAGCAUCUCUAGUAUUUUAGAGAAAUUUCCAGAUGUUGCAUUUUUUUUUGCACAAAAAUAAAGCUAGUUCCAUUA